UUCCACAGCUGUUUCUCUUUUCCUUGCUCUCUUCCCCAUAAAAACCUCCGCUCCGGAACAAAAAAAGCUUUGCGGAAUCCCUACCCUGCUCCUCCUCUCUCUCUAUCUCUUCCUCCUCCUGGGUUUUCGUUCUUGGAGGUGUUUUGGAGGCGGCCGCCGGGCAUGGACGUGCGCCGCCAACCGAAUGUCGCGGCGGCGGCGGCGGCGGCUGCUGCUGCUACCCUGGGUGAUUUGUUCCCCCACCAGCCUGCCAUGGAUAGUGGAGACAACAACACAGAAUGGCUCUCCAUCUAUUUAGAGGACUGCUUGUCCACUCACCCUGUUUCCGCAGAACAGGCAAGUCAAGGUGCUGUAAAACAGAAAUUACCACCGCCUUCAUCUUCCAAUGCCAGAAGGAAGAAAAGGAGCCUGGCCUCUGUUAUAAGAGACGAAGAAGAGCACUGUUUCACUGUGUUUGUGGAACCACCACUACUCCUACCUGAUCAGAAGCAUUGGCUAGCAGAGAGUGAGCUCAUCCUCCCGAAGAAAGACAAAGACCAAGAACUUGUUCAACAACAAGAACAAGAACAUGAGGAAGAAAAGAAGCGCAAUGCAAGUGCAGAAAUGCUGUUCCAGCAAGAGCAGAUGCUGGUGUGUAGCUAUUGUUUAUCCAACCAAACACCACAGUGGUGGGAUGGUCCAUCAGGGGUAUUGUGCAAUGCAUGUGGCCUGAGGUUACAGGCAGGGAAUGAGUUCAGUUCCAUGGAGCGCUGCGGCCAAGAAAUCAGCAAAGAACAAGAACAAGGAAAGCGGCAGGAGAAGAGGAGGAUCAAGAGGCCAGCAUAUAUUGAUGAGGAGCUCCCGCAAAAGAAGAGGACCAAGAAGACUACAUACGUGAAUGAGGAGCUUCCACCGGAGGAGCCAGUGCAGAGGUGCACCCAUUGCAUGUCGCACAAGACACCACAGUGGAGAACGGGUCCUUUGGGGCCUAAGACCCUAUGCAACGCGUGUGGCGUGAGGUACAAGUCUGGCAGGCUGCUGCCUGAGUAUAGGCCUGCCAAUAGUCCAACUUUCUCGAGUUACAUGCACUCCAAUUCUCACAAGAAGGUCAUGCAGAUGAGGAAGAGUGUUGAACACUCAGGGCAGUAAACUGCCGGAGGGGAUCAUCUCCUGGAUCUGUCGCUGUCAGGUUUAGAGGCUCCGGUUGAACACUCAGGGCAGUGAACUGCUGGAGGGGAUCAUCACCUGUCAGGUUUUAGAAGCUUUGGUUGUAGGUCUUGUAGGAGAUGAGAGAAAUGAAUGCAAAAUCUGUUUAGGCCCCAGUUCAAACUCUUUGUUAGCUCUAGCAGUCUUCUGCUCCAGAGAUCAUUUCUCUAGUUAUUUUAGAUCAUCGAUUCAUUACCAAUGGUUGGUUGCUACAAUAUUAUGCUGCCGUUAUCUUACAAUGUUAUUCUAUGUUCCUCUAGGUGUUUUGAGUUCAUUUGCAAGAUUUAAGUUGGGCAUCCUCUUGAA